AUGGCUUCAAGCAUUACUUGGCCCGUCUAUGAAUGGUUGCCAUUCAGAGAUGAGCACUAUUUGAAGGAACAAUUCGACAAGUUAUCAUCAACGAGAAUGAUGAUGAAUCAAACAGAAACCACAUCAACGUUGUCGGGUUUUAUGUUGCAAAAUGAUGAGCAGUCUCUUGCUGUGAAAUAUGUACUUGCAGAGCUGGAUGUUAACAUCAUGUUGCCCUAUUUUGCUUCUUGCAUUUUGUUGGAAUUGAUCUGUCAUUUUGUGAUUUGGAAUCGAAAAUUGUAUCGUUUCAAUGAUACCUUCUCGAGUUUGGCGUGUGGAAUUACUCAACAAAUUACUGGAAAAUUAUUUACUACUUAUUAUUUUCAUGUCUUGCCUUAUACAUUUGUGUAUCAUAUUAUUUAUGGAGGUGGAAGCAGUGCUUUACAGGAUGGUGUGGAACAAUUGGGACUCACUUCUUGGUAUUGGUGGUUUGUGUUGAUUUUUAAAGAUCAUCAAUAUUAUUGGGCUCAUCGUUAUUUACAUGAGUGGAAUAUUGGUUGGGCUUCACACAACACUCAUCACAGCUCUGAAGAAUACAAUCUCACGUCGGCUCUCAGACAAGGAUUUAUUCAAGAAGUCAUUGGAUUUCCAUUUUUCCUUCCGUUAGCUCUCUGUGGUGUUCACCCUUAUUUAUUUGCUGUUCAUUCCAAUAUUAAUACUCUUGCCCAAUUUUGGUUUCACACGAGAGCUAUUCGAAAAUUCCCCUCUUUCAUUGAAUAUUUCUUUAAUACUCCCUCCCAUCACAGAGUUCAUCACGGACGUAAUGAGUACUGUCUCGAUAAGAAUUAUGGAGGAAUUUUCAUUGUAUUCGAUCGAUGGUAUGGAACAUUCGAAGCAGAGCAAGAAAUGGAAACACCAGAUCCAAUUCGAGGCGAUUAUUCCAAUGUGGUUUAUGGUUUAACAACUCCUCUCACAACUUUCAAUCCCAUUCAUUCUCAAAUUCAUCAUUUUGUUUGCAUAUGGCAAACCAUGAAAGAAAUUUCCUCUUCCUCUUCUCACGAAGUAUUUAAGGGAAAACCAUUUUGGUUUAUUUGGUGGAAUCGAUUACAAGUAGUAUUUCGAGGUCCAGGUUGGAAUCCAUUCACACAAAGCAUGUAUGAAUGUCCACAAGUUUUGCAACCUCCUUCUCGUAAUGAAAUGUAUAAUCCAUCGAUUGGAGCUUGGAAAACAACAUUGGCAACUCUUCAUUUCUUGAUAUUGUUUGUGUUGAGUGUGUUCCAUUUGGAAACAGACUUUUCACCAAUGGUCAAAAGUGGUGCUGCUGGAUUCUUUGAGAACUACGAGCAUCACUUGUUGCAUUUUGCUCAAUUUGCAUUCAUCUAUUUAUCAUUAGCUUCUCUCGCAUUGGUGUAUGAAGGAGAAGAUUGGAUCUUCACACGACGAUGUGAAAUAUUGAGAUGUUCAGUCAUGUUAAUUUUGCUUCGUUGUGUUUUGAGAGCAGAGUCGACACUAUCCUUCACCAAUUUCCUUUCACGCAUUGUGCCAGGUUCAACCAUCUUCUCGAAACGAAUGGAAAUGGCAGGAGGUGAGGUAAAUAUCACACUCGCACACAUCAUGAUGCUUUUUUAUUUCCUUUCUUUGAGUUAUUGGUGGUGGAUGGGAAGGUCCAAAAUUGUGUCAACAGAUUUGGCCCUCAAAACGAAAUUAAAUUAA